ACUACAAGUCUCUUGGUAUCUUGAAAAGACAGUUUCCCAAUGCCCCCUUGAUUGGAUUGACAGCAACAGCUACAAAUCAUGUUUUAAAGGAUGCUCAGAAAAUUUUGCAUGUUCAGAAGUGCAUUACCUUUACUGCAUCUUUCAACCGGCCCAACCUUUACUACGAGGUUCGACAUAAGCCUUCAAAUAAUGAAGAUUUCAUUGAGGAUAUAGUUAAGAUCAUUAAUGGAAGAUACAAAGGACUUUCAGGAAUCGUUUACUGCUUUUCUCAGAAGGAUUCUGAGCAAGUUACUGUGAGUUUGCAGAAACUGGGAAUCAAGGCAGGCACUUACCAUGCAAACAUGGAUGCUAAAUAUAAGACCAAAGUUCAUAAAGGAUGGGCAGCAAAUCAAAUCCAGGUCGUAGUGGCGACUGUUGCUUUUGGCAUGGGAAUUGAUAAACCUGAUGUGAGGUUUGUAAUUCAUCAUUCUAUGAGCAAAUCCAUGGAGAACUACUACCAAGAGAGUGGACGUGCAGGUAGAGAUGACCAAAAAGCUGACUGUAUUUUGUAUUAUGGUUUUGGAGAUAUAUUCAGAAUCAGCUCAAUGGUAGUGAUGGAAAAUGUAGGACAAGAGAAGCUGUAUGAUAUGGUGUCUUACUGCCAGAACAUGAACAAGUGCCGCCGUGUCCUCAUAGCCCAUCACUUUGAUGAAGUGUGGGAUUCUGCGAACUGCAACAGAAUGUGUGAUAACUGCUGUAGAGAGAACCCAUGUGAGAAAAUGGAUAUAACAGCAUACUGCAGGGAUCUGAUCAAGAUACUCCAGCAAGCUGAAAACAUGAGUGAGAAACUCACCCCGCUGAAGUUAAUCGACGCGUGGUCUGGGAAAGGUGUAUCAAAAUUCAGGGUGGCUGAAGUUACUCCACCAAAGCACCCUCGAGAGGAACUGGAGAGAAUUAUUGCCCAUUUACUGCUGCAGCGGUAUCUGAAGGAAGACUUCAGCUUCACGGCAUUUGCUACAAUAUCCUACCUGAAGACAGGACCAAAAGCAGAUCUGCUGAAAAAUGAGGCACACGUCAUCACUAUACAAGGGAUAACAAACAAGAAAAGUGUUUACAAGGACAAACCAUCUCCAUCUUCAAACUCAAAAGGAAGCAGAGAAAAUGCUCAGACUAUUUCAAAGACUGUCCAAGAUUCAUCGGUGAAGAAGUCCCAGGAACAUAAACGGCCUCACUGUAGUUCUAACUUAAAAGCGAAGAAGCUCAAGCUUCAGGCAGGUGGAGACGACCAACCAGUAGUUCUUGAUUGAGUUUGACAGACUACAUUUAGGAUCUAAUCAUGUUUGCUUCUCCAUGGACAAAGCAGCCUGUAAGUUCAGUUUGUGUUUUAGUAAUGGUAUUUUUUUUAAAUAAAAAACAAACAGAGGGGAAACAAGUAUCUUUAAAAUCCUCAGAUCUAGAAAAGGUCGAGCAGUCAGAGGAAAAAUGCUUCAUCUCAAAAUAACCAGCGUGUAUCUUACAAUACAGCA